AUAUCCUGUGAUGAGAACAGCACCAUAUUUUAAAGCAAAGUAUACUGUGGUUAUAUGAAAUAGAGAUUAAAAUGCUCUGGCAGAUAGCUUUGGCUAUUUUAGUUUGUUAUGUUUUGUGGAAAGUUCUCAAAACAGAAGAAAAUGAGCUGAAUCGCGUUCCUGGGCCGCCGAAAUGGCCAAUAAUCGGGAGUGCUCUCUCGUUUUUGGGAUUAUCUCAAAGUGAGAUGUUCGACAAAUUAUUGGAACUUAGAUUAAAAUAUGGUAAUCGAUUCGUCAUCAAAGUAUUAAAUCGAUACAUACUUCAUGUUUACAAUGUCGAGGACAUCGAGACAGUCCUGACACAUUCUCGGAAUAUAAAAAAGAAUAAGCCGUAUAUGUUCAUCGAACCCUGGCUCGGCACUGGUUUAUUAAUUAGCACAGGUGCUAAAUGGAAUAAACGCAGAAAAAUUUUGACACCCACUUUCCACUUUGAUAUUUUACAAUGUUUUAUGGAAGUAUUUGAGGAACAGAGUAGAAAUUUGGUUAAAGAGUUGAAGAAACAGGUCAGUGAGGGUUCUGAUGUUGUGGAUGUCAGUCCGUUGAUUAGUGACUUUACACUUUACACAAUCUGUGAAACAGCAAUGGGAGUUCGGCUCGAUUCAGACAAAACUGAAGCUAAAUUGAAAUACAAGGAUGCCGUCUUGGAGAUUGGGAAACUUGUUAUGGAACGGCUUGUAACGAUUUGGCUUCACAACGAUUUCAUUUUCAGUUUGCAUCCAUUAGGUAAAAAGUUUGCCAAAUGUUUGGAAAAUGUUCAUUCCUUUGCGGAUAGCGUAAUAAAGGAGAGGAGCAUGUCUUAUGAAAGCCGCGGGGAAGAUUUUAAUGAAAAAGCUAAUAGUCGCCGACGUGCGUUGUUAGAUUUACUUCUGGAAGCUAGAAUCAGGAAUGAGAUUGACCUGGAGGGUAUCAGAGAAGAAGUCAAUACUUUCAUGUUCGAGGGUCAUGAUACUACUGCAACGGCAUUAACGUUUGGAUUGAUGCUUUUAGCUGAUCAUCCUGAUGUACAGGAGUCUAUUUUCGAUGAAUGCAAAGCCAUACUGGGUGAUUCUGACCGAUCUCCGAGCGGGUCAGAGUUAAACGAAAUGAAGUACCUUGAUGCUGUUAUUAAGGAAAUGUUACGUCUCUACCCCAGCGUACCUUUCAUUGGCAGAGAAAUCGUCGAGGAUUUUAUGUUGGGCGAUACUAAGGUAGCAAAGGGGAAUGAAGUCAUUGUUCACAUUUUUUAUAUGCAGCAGAGAGAAGAUUUGUAUCCUGAACCGAAGGCCUUCAAACCAGAGAGGUUCCUAAACGGCGAAAAGAGACAUCCAUUUUCAUAUGUGCCUUUCAGCGCUGGUCCUAGGAAUUGCAUCGGUCAACGAUUCGCAAAAAUGGAAAUGAAGAGCGUUAUUAGUGAAAUUAUCCGGAAUUUCAAACUUGAGCCGACACAGAAGGGGGCUCGACCAACCCUCAUAGCAGACCUCGUGCUGAGAACUACCGAACCCAUUUACGUUAAAUUCGUAAAACGAUAAUAAAUACUUAUAAA